AUGCCUUUCUCUGCCUUCACACCGGGCUGGAGACCCAGGCUCCUCUGUGCCUACCGCGAGGCCCCACGGGGGCAACGGGAGAGAAGCCGGAGCUGGACCCCACUGUCGCUCCAGGCCUUGGCACUCGCCCCCUACCCACCAGCGGACCCGGAGAGUGAGCUGAGCGGCGGGGUGCGCUGCGGGCACCGUGGAGAGCAGCCUGGAGGGGAGACAGGGAGGGGAGGGUGGGCCUCGCGGCUCUCCCGCGCCCCGCCUCGGUCCCCCACCCUCGCGGGGUCCUCGUCUGCGGCUGCGUCCCCGAAAGGCCGGGGCGAGGCUGGCUGUGUCCGCGAUCCGGGCCUGGAAUGCGCGGGGCGGGCCGGGGCACCGGUUGCGGCGGGAACCGGGAACGGGGUGUCCUUCCCCGAGCGCAGGUGCGUCCGAGGCGGACCGACCCCCCACACACACAACCAGCGCUGGGCUGGUGCGCUCCGGUGGGGGUCCCAGGACACGCCUGACCCCCCGCGCGCUCCCGCUCCGUGCCAGGCCGCACCUGGACCCCGCGCCCACCCCGCUGCUGCCGGUGCCAUGCCGGGCCUCGGCCUGGUGCUGCUCGCCCUAAUGUGCUCGGCGCCCGCGCAGGGCCUGUGGUGCCAGGACUGCACGCUGACCACCAACUCCAGCCACUGCACCCCGAAGCACUGCCAGCCCUCGGACACCGUGUGCGCCGUCGUGCACAUCACGGACCCCAGCAGCAGCCGAAAGGACGCCUCUGUGAACAAGAUGUGCGCGGCGUCCUGCGACUUCGUCAGGCGCCACUUUUUCUCCGACUACCUCAUGGGCUUCAUCAACUCGGGGGUCCUGAAGGUGGCCGUGGACUGCUGCGAGAAGGACCUCUGUAACGGGGGAGCCCGGGACACCCCCGGGUGCACCGCCGCAUGGCUCCUGCUGGCCCUGGGGCCCACCCUACUCUGGGCUAUGCCCUGACCCCACUACCACCACCACACCGCAGGGCUCUGGCUGGAUCCCCGAGCCUGGAGCAGCCCCCUCCACUCCCUCAGCCUGGCUUGUGACUCCUCCCCAACACAGGCCCCAGUUUCUCCGCAGUUCUUGAGCCCCAGCCAGCUGGUCCGUGGACAUGGUGAAGACAGGGCUGGGACCCGUCUCCCAUGCCCCAACCAGCACCAUCUAAGGAGAAAUAAAGCCACUUUUGAGUCU